ACAAUGGCAACUGCACCUUACAACUAUUCCUACAUCUUUAAGUACAUCAUUAUUGGGGACAUGGGUGUAGGAAAGUCCUGUUUGCUUCAUCAAUUUACAGAAAAGAAGUUUAUGGCGGACUGUCCCCACACAAUUGGUGUUGAAUUUGGCACAAGAAUAAUUGAAGUUAGUGGCCAAAAAAUUAAACUACAGAUUUGGGAUACAGCAGGACAAGAGAGAUUCAGGGCUGUCACACGAAGCUACUACAGAGGAGCAGCGGGAGCUCUCAUGGUCUACGACAUCACCAGAAGAAGUACGUAUAAUCACUUAAGCAGCUGGCUGACAGAUGCAAGGAACCUCACCAAUCCAAAUACUGUGAUAAUCCUCAUAGGAAAUAAAGCAGAUCUGGAAGCACAGAGGGAUGUUACAUAUGAAGAAGCCAAACAAUUUGCUGAAGAAAAUGGUUUAUUGUUCCUUGAAGCAAGUGCAAAAACUGGGGAGAACGUUGAGGAUGCGUUCCUGGAGGCUGCCAAGAAAAUCUACCAGAACAUCCAAGACGGAAGCCUGGAUCUGAAUGCGGCAGAAUCGGGCGUACAGCACAAACCGUCAGCUCCGCAGGGGGGGCGACUAACCAGCGAACCCCAGCCCCAGAGAGAAGGCUGUGGCUGCUAGUGACCUCUGUUCCGUGGCUCCAUUUCUGACCUUUCACCUCUGUCCGCUGGAAGCGGUGCUUUUGACUGCUUCCCUGUCUUCUGUACAUCUUAUUGGGUUUAAUUAAAACUCUGAGACAAGUUUAACACAGUACUAAACUGCUAAACAACUUUAGAUGUAAUCAGGUUAUCAAAGGCAAGUAGAGUAAUAAAACCUCUCCUGCAUGGUAAAUCUAGAAGUUUUUUUUUUUUCCUUGAUUGUCCUUGUGAUAGUGUCACCGAUACAUAAUUUAAACUGAGCACUGAUGCUGGACUCAUGAUUUUACACUUUCGCAGGGCUUUGUCUUGUACGGUUUAAUUUUACGGUUCUUUGGCCUUUCUUCCCCACCUCUAAUAACUGUUUAGAGCUGUCCAUAGUAAAGGAUAAGUUUUUGCUGUGAAAUGACAUCCGACGGUAGCAAGGGGCUCUGUAACAAUGUGCUUUUGUUGAAAGAAUUCCCUGUGGUGUGGUGUGCUGGGGCGGGCUGGCGCGGGAGCGUACAACUUGCACAGGGAAACGAUCCAUUCAUUCUCGUGCUCGUAGCUUUACGUCACUUUUUUGCCACUUUUAUCCUUUACAUUUGUUAACAGAACGUAAAUAUGUAUAAAAUUUGAAGGAACUGAGCUAACGGUUAAAUACAUCCUGUGUAUAUGAUUUUAAUGAAGAAAAUGAUUACUGGCAUUAGGACAGUAUAUAAGGAAAUACCAGUUUGUACAGUAUGGCCUGUAUGUGACCACGUCGCCCCGUUAGUACAGAAGUAGAUGUGACUGCGGCUCACUAACGUAGGCUUAACUCCUUGUGUCGCCAGCGGACAUCGUGCUGGGGGAGCUCUAAUCCCGCCGCAGAAACUAACACUAGUGGAAUCUGUCUCUCGUCUUUGCACUGUGGUAUACCGACACCGUUUUAUUAAUCCCGUUCCGUGCAAUCGGCAGCGUGCUAACCCGCUUUUCUCUUCUGUAAGCGUUUUGCAUUAUUGGGCUUCAUCACCCGCCUUGCACCGUAUACGAAGGCUGGUUCUCUUGCACAUCUUGCGCUUUAUACUUUUAACUUUUUUGAAUGGUCGGAGGCUGAACUGGACAGUCGGAACAACGCGCCUGCUCUCUAGGGAUUUUGAACUACUGUUGUAUUUGUAACAGUCCCGGGUGAGGGUUUCUUUUAAGACUUGGGCUUUGGGUACGUCCUUCGCGGGGUGACGCAGCCCGUAAUGCCUGUACGGGGGGAGAUGUCGGGCGGCGGCCGUGCGCGCGUGCGGGGUUUGCUGUGGGUCAGGCGGGAAGGUGCAGCUCCGUGCAGUGCUGCUGUAUUUCACGUGAAGCUUUGCUUGGGAAAUAUCACAUAUGGUUUAAAAAGGGAAGGGGGUAAGUGCCGAACUGUGAUCAAAUGUCCAACUUUAGGCUCACUGCAGUGUUUAAAAUACAAAGUAGUCUUAAAAUCCCUCUCUAGACACUAAAACUCUACACCGUUCAGACUUGUAAGUAAACAGUGGUACCAGAGUAUUGUACAGUCAAUGUUAAAUAAAAGCCAAAACUGGAAUGUGCAGACAAUAGGAUUUGGGUAACUUGUGCGCUGUCCCUUUGUUUUGUCUGGUUAGUCCUUUUUUUAACUAAUACUCUUAAGUAGAUGGGUAUGUUCAAGAUCUACAGCUAAUGCAUCCUGCUUAAACCACGGCUGCACCACAAAGGGUUUGCCCAGGGACCACGACCUGCUGCUGAGGUGAAGUCAAUGUUCUCAUGACUACAGCUUGUUGAGGUGCAAUACCUGUACUCCCAGAGUAAGUUACAGUAGGUCUUAUUGUUUCUGUCACAGAAAGGAUUUGUUCAGACUGCUGUACUCCUCAUUUGAUGUAACAAUGCUAUUAAUCUAAAUAUUUGUAAAUAAAGUACCUGUAUCUAGAUAAAC